CAUUGUAAUGUCAGUCAGUUUGUUUUUUCAAAACUAUAGCCAUGUUUAUGUUCCCGGAACCUAAUCCCAAAGAUUUUCGCCUACGUUGCAUCAGUUUUAAUUCUACAAGUUCGGAAUUAUUCACACCAGACGCCUUUCCACGAUGCACUCAAACCAAUUUGGGACUUUAUUCUUAUCCGUUAACAAAUACAACAAAUGAAUACGUCGUCAAAAAAGUAAAAGAUACCAUCUUGGACAAAUGGACACAUAAUGCAAAAGCCUGGUGGAUCGGUAAACCAGGCGAAAACGCGCAAUUGAUGUUUGACAUGCAUUUAAAAACGAAAGAUAACCGAGAGAUUGAUCCAAGAUUUAUAGCUAAAACAUCUAUUUUGCCAAGAUCAUAUCAAUAUGAACAAGAUUGUAUGGAAUCACGUCGACAACAAAGAUUAUUACAGAAAAUUAAACAGGACGAAGCAGAACAACUACAUGGAGAAUUAGUAGACACUUGUAUCUGUCCUGAGAGCAGUACACUUGUUAGUGAUACAAAUCCACAGAAUAUACAAGAAGACGGCUUUCCGCGUUGGCAGAAACCUCCUGAAUUGUUCGCAGAAUCCCAACACGAUCCUUGCAAACGACGAGCAGAAUUUCAAAAAGUUGGUCAAACAUAUCGCACAGAAGCAUGUCGUUUUAUUAUGACAACUACCCGCCCCCACCACCUGCUAAAUUUGUUCAAAAGUUUGUAAAAUAGUAGGCUCAGUCUGAAAUAUGUCAAAAUGUUUACAACAUAAAAUUCCAGUCAAACGAUACCAACGCAAUUUUUUUUCAUGUAAAAUUAUUCAAAUUCUCAGUUGUAUACAAUAUUCGUAAAUAAUUUAGAAUAAACUCUUUUCACGAUGGAAAA